AUGUGGUGCUCGGUGUUCACUAUCCUCGUGGCGGUGUUCGACUUGUGCGCACUCAUGAAGCACGACAUCUUCGCGGGACUGAUAUCUUUGAUCUUCAUCAUUGACGGAGUGAGGCCAAUCAUCGAAAAUUUCACGGAGAGCAGGCUCACGCUCACGAAUUGCAUGUUCGAGAGCUUGUUGUUUCUUUGGACAUAUGGAUGGGCCACAUACUUGUCCAGCUUCCGACGCACACCUUGGACAUUCCGAGCCAUCCGUAACUUUGGGGCCAACUUCGCUGUCACCAUCGCAUUGGUUUCGGGUUCAGCAAUGGCCGCCAUUUACUCGAAUGACACGGGCCUGAGGAUGUUGCAGGUGGAUGCUGACUUCGCCCCGAACUUGAGUUUGUCCGAUGGCAGCAAGCGGCCCUGGAUCGUGAAUCCUGCAGGCAUCGAGCGCCCGUUCCCGGCUUGGGGCAUUGCGUAUGCGGUGCUGCCAGCCAUUGGCUUUGCGGUGCUGGGAUACUUGGAUCAGAACCUCACCAGUGUGAUUGUGAACAGACCAUCCAACAACCUGAAAAAGCCUCCUGCGUAUCACCUUGACCUGUUUGUGCGUGGUGCACUGACCCUUCCUGUUUGCGCUGUGCUGGGCCUGCCACUCUCCGUGGCCUCCACGGUACCGAGCAUCACGCAUGUGAUCUCGUUGACCACUUACGAGGUGCAGCAGCUUCCGGAAGGUGAGCGCAAGGUGCCUACGAAGGUAGUGGAACAGCGUGCUACUAACUUCCUGAUCCAUGUGCUGAUAGGACUUGCACUCUUCCUGGCGCCGGUGCUGAAGUUCUUGCCGCGGGCCGUGCUGCAGGGCGUGUUCUUCUACAUGGGCAUUGCAUCAUUGACCGGCAACAACUUGUUCGACCGCUUGAAGCUGUGGCUCAUCUGGGACCCGGCCAGGUACCCACAGUACCACUACGUCCAGAAGCUUCCGAUCAAGCGGGUGCACCUGUACACCUUGGUCCAAGUAGUCUGUCUUGGCAUUCUCUAUGGUUUGAAAGCCAUUAAGGAAACCUCCGUAGUGUUCCCGUUCUUCAUGGCGUCCUUGGCCAUCAUUCGCAAGGCCCUGAAGUGCAUGUUCACGGAGGAGGAGCUGAAGCAGCUGGACUCUCUUCCUGGGGAUGAUGAUGAUGAGGAGGUUGAGGCAUCAAAGCCGGGAGCCGAUCUCGUAAACCUGGAGGGGCAGGACGAGACGUCCAAGAAGGAGGAGAUGACGAUCUGA